CUUCCGGUCAUUCUGACAGUGGAAGCGACUCUUCCGAGGAAACAUCAUACACAUAAGAUGGUGACGUCAGAAAGCAAGUGCACCUGUGACAACUGUUGUGAGAAAGUGGAUUGAUAACAGAAGAACUUGCUUUAUCCAAUAAUAAAGAAAAUGGCCUCAUACACGUGACAGUAGUGGUAUAGCGCUGGUACAGACCGGUGACAAUGGUGCAGUUGUUCAACAUGUUCAAGAUAUCCCGUGAGGCACUGGAGUCUGGUGUGGGGGUCAUACUUCGGGUCCCCGCCCUCUUUGUUAUGGAGGUGUGGUACCGCACUGACCCUCUCAAGACGGUCCAGGUGCAGACCAAGGAUGUCGAGAUCAUCAUCAAAGUUGUCUAUUACAUGGCUCUCCUGUUUGCUGUUGCUAUCGGCACCCUCCCACUGAAGAAGCUGGUGACCUUCUAUGUGUACCUGGUGAGCGGACUGAUGCUACUUGGGUCGUUCUUCCUGUCACAGAGCUUCGUCCAGGUAGAGGUGCUGGAGAACAAGGAGCAGACGUGGGCGGACCUGUUUGAUGACAAGGAGCACACGGAGAGGUUGAUCCUGCACCUCAUUGCCCAGGCCUUCAUGGCUGCUCUCAUCGCAUACCUAGUGGAGCUGAAGGAUUGGACACGUUUCCUCAUGCUCGUCUUCACGCUGCCUGUCCUGGCUCGCUCCCUAGGCUUCCCACUCAACGAUUUACACAUUGUUCAUAACUUUGCAUCCAUUUUCUCCACCCUCAUUGUGCUGUUCUAUGUGUUUAACAACCUUGGGAAUAUCAUUGAUAACUGUAAGGAAGGAAUCAACAAUGUUGUUCUUGCCUUCCGUGCGUUUGGUGUCUUCCCGGUUUUCAUCACAUUUUGGCAUUCUGUACUGCUUCCCAUACAACUGUUGAUAUUCUGGCUGAUCAUGUUCAUCACACAACUAUAUGUUUAUUUAUAUUCAGAAAACCAUCCUAUAAUGCAGGAAGGUUGGAUUGUGAUUAUCUUGGCAAGUAUUGGUGAGUGUUGUGCAACACCGAUUAGCCUGUUUGCAUUAUGUGUAACAAUAACCUACGCAUCAUACAGUAUUCUGACUUUGACUAAGCUUUACCUCCAAGGAUUUGAGGCAUGGUCACAAGAUGUGGACGCAAUGCGAGGAUGGACAGAGGGCUUCACAAUGUUAUUAAUAGCCAUUCAGACUGACCUACUUGACCUGCGACCUCUUCAAAGAGCAUUUCUGAUGAGCAUCCUUUUGUUCAUUGUAGCAUCUUCCCUAAUCCAGUCCAUGUAUGAAAUCGCUGAUCCAGUUUUGUUGGCACUGAGUGCGUCCCACAACAAGAGUGUGUUCAAACAUGCCCGAGCUGUGGCUCUCUGUACGUUCCUGUGGAUGUUCCCACUGUACAUGACCUACUCCAUCUGUCAGUACUUCGACCUGGACUUCUGGCUCAUGGUCAUCGUGUCCAGCUGCAUGCUGACCUCCGUGCAAGUCAUCGGCUCGCUUGCAGUGUACUCACUAUUCAUGUAUGACUCUUUCAGAAAUGAACCUUGGGAAAUGCUGGACGAUGUCAUAUACUGUGCGCGGGCCAUCACACGUGUGCUGGAAUUCUUUGUAGCUGUGUUUGUUGUGUGUUAUGGACUGAAGGAGUCGUUGUUUGGAGAAUGGAGCUGGAUAAACUCCUCCAUCUUGAUUGUCCACUGUUACUUCAAUGUGUGGCAGAGACUACAGAGUGGCUGGAAGAGCUUCCUGCUGCGGAGAGAGGCUAGUAAGAAGGUCGAGAGCCUCCCAUCAGCCUCUGAGGACCAGCUGUCCUGCUUGGAUGAUGUGUGUGCUAUCUGCUAUAAUGAGAUGAAGAGUGCACGGGUGACCCCCUGUGGCCACUUCUUCCAUGGUGUGUGUUUACGCAAGUGGUUGUAUGUCAAGGACAGCUGCCCGAUGUGUCACCGGGAUAUUCACCAGGAGGUGGCGGCAGGUUCCGACUCCGCCAGGGAGGACUUUGUGAUGAAUCCAACUCUUGCAUCCCAGGAUGAUGACGACAGUUCUGAGACAGCAUCUUCGCAGACAACAGAGUCCAGUGAUAGUGCAGCCAUUGCUGACGAGAGAAAUGUGGAUCUUGACAACGACCCACAUGACCUUCUGGAAGAUGCGGGACAUGUGUCCAAGUUUGACCUGAUUGAGGGAGUGGCAGAGGCUGCGAGUCCCACAAACAAUGACAAUGAUGAUGUGGAGAUUGAUGCGUGGGUAAGGGAACAGGGCUUGGCUGACAGCGGGGGAGGGGCCGAUGUCAGGAGAAGGUAUGGGCUCAUUCAUCACCAGAUCUGACUCACACCUGGAUGUCUGUGGGUGUAUAGGGGGUACAUGGAAGCUUUAUCUUGCCAAUGAAAUGGUGUAACUUUGAGAUCCUGGCAGAUCCUUAUAGGAGCCAUAGUAUCAUAUCAGUAUGUUGAUAUGUUUGUGUUGGUCCUCAGGACCUCUGGUUAACAAGAUUUCAUAGUGCUGUGUACAUGGUCUGUGAUUGAAGUCAGUUAUUUUCCUUCAUGAUAAAAGCAAUAGUUUUCUCUUCUAGAUACUAUUUUGUUAUUACACCAUAGGUGUGGCUGGUCAUUAGCUGGCUAACUAACAGUAAAUUACAUUUAAAUACAUUAGUAUUCCCUUAUUUUCUAGUGAUUGUUGGCAAUGGUUAGUGCCUUUUACUAUGAAUACAGACAUAACAAAAUGCAUUUGAUGCAUGGCAUCGUUGUCCACAAUCCAUAAACUGUCCAAUGUCGUGUAUUUUGUGUGGUGUAGUUGUAAAUGUAUAACAUUUGGAGAAAAGGUGAAUUAUGUAGCAAUAUUGCAGUGGUGAAAAUGCCCUCAGUAGUCACCCCAGGUCCUGAACUAUUACCAUUGAAGCAAGAGGACAUUUGUGUCAAUAUUCACUGUUGUCUUGUUUUUGUAAGAAUGACCAGUUGGCUCCUUGAUUGCAUUACUGGCCAUCUGAAUAUAGUGGAGUCAUAAGAAUGACCAGUGUUUUCUCCUUUGUCAACAGGAGCCAAGAAAAAGAUUUGGUGUGCCCAACUAAUUGUAUUCCAGAGGAUAUAUGCCUCACUCAUGUCUAUGCCUGAGAGUGGCAGAGCUAAGGUGUAAAUAUUGAAAUGUGUUAUUUAUUUGUUAAAUAUUGUGUUGGAGGUGAACCAAGGUCGGUCGAUAUUAGUGUUGCUGUACACCAAUCAUUUUAUACUUAGGAACUUUACAUCCUUGAACUAGUCCAAGAGUUGAAACAGGUGUUCUUAUUUAUUUCUUCUGUUAAUUGUGUAUUUUGGCCCUAGGUCCUGUCUCAUGUUAGACAUGGUCACUCUUGGCUGGCUCACAAUAAUUAUAACAUUAACAUAAUACAUGACAAUGGUGUCAAUAGAUUGACUGUAUUUGCAACUCAUUUUGUUUAAAAUCAGUUGAUAUUUUGUAGAUGUUGUCUCUGCUUGUACAUGUAUUAGCAUGGUUAAUGAUAAUUACUUGUGCUAAUGUUGGCAUGUGUGAUGCUACUUCGCAUGGCCACCGAGUACUUCAUGGUAGGGUAGUCAGGUUCAGUCCAGCAAGACGUACUUCAUGGUAGGGUAGUCAGGUUCAGUCCAGCAAGACGUACUUCAUGGUAGGGUAGUCAGGUUCAGUCCAGCAAGAAGUACUUCAUGGUAGGGUAGUCAGGUUCAGUCGUGCAAGAAGUACUUCAUGGUAGGGUAGUCAGGUUCAGUCCAGCAAGACGUACUUCAUGGUAGGGUAGUCAGGUUCAGUCCAGCAAGACGUACUUCAUGGUAGGGUAGUCAGGUUCAGUCCAGCAAGACAUACUUCAUGUUCAUGGUAGGGUAGUCAGGUUCAGUCCAGCAAGACGUACUUCAUGGUAGGGUAGUCAGGUUCAGUCCAGCAAGAAGUACUUCAUGGUAGGGAAGUCAGGUUCAGUCCAGCAAGACGUACUUCAUGGUAGGGUAGGCAGGUUCAGUCCAGCAAGACGUACUUCAUGUUCAUGGUAGGGUAGUCAGGUUCAGUCCAGCAAGACGUAAUUCAUGGUAGGGUAGUCAGGUUCAGUCCAGCAAGACGUACUUCAUGGUAGGGUAGGCAGGUUCAGUCCAGCAAGACGUACUUCAUGUUCAUGGUAGGGUAGUCAGGUUCAGUCCAGCAAGACGUACUUCAUGGUAGGGUAGUCAGGUUCAGUCCAGCAAGACGUACUUCAUGGUAGGGUAGUCAGGUUCAGUCCAGCAAGACGUACUUCAUGGUAGGGUAGUCAGGUUCAGUCCAGCAAGACGUACUUCAUGGUAGGGUAGGCAGGUUCAGUCCAGCAAGAAGUACUUCAUGUUCAUGGUAGGGUAGUCAGGUUCAGUCCAGCAAGACGUACUUCAUGUUCAUGGUAGGGUAGUCAGGUUCAGUCCAGCAAGACGUACUUCAUGGUAGGGUAGGCAGGUUCAGUCCAGCAAGAAGUACUUCAUGUUCAUGGUAGGGUAGUCAGGUUCAGUCCAGCAAGACGUACUUCAUGUUCAUGGUAGGGUAGUCAGGUUCAGUCCAGCAAGACGUACUUCAUGGUAGGGUAGUCAGGUUCAGUCCAGCAAGACGUACUUCAUGGUAGGGUAGUCAGGUUCAGUCCAGCAAGACAUACUUCAUGGUAGGGUAGUCAGGUUCAGUCCAGCAAGACAUACUUCAUGGUAGGGUAGUCAGGUUCAGUCCAGCAAGAAGUACUUCAUGGUAGGGUAGUCAGGUUCAGUCCAGCAAGACGUACUUCAUGGUAGGGUAGUCAGGUUCAGUCCAGCAAGACGUACUUCAUGGUAGGGUAGGCAGGUUCAGUCCAGCAAGACGUACUUCAUGUUCAUGGUAGGGUAGUCAGGUUCAGUCCAGCAAGACGUACUUCAUGGUAGGGUAGUCAGGUUCAGUCCAGCAAGACGUACUUCAUGGUAGGGUAGGCAGGUUCAGUCCAGCAAGAUGUACUUCAUGGUAGGGUAGUCAGGUUCAGUCCAGCAAUACAUUUUGGGGAGCACCAGGUGUCCACCACAGAAGACAGACUUGCAACUCACUCACACUCUUGUGAAGGUCAUCUAUCCUUUUCAAGUGGUAUUUAUUCACAGCUCUGAUCAUAGUCCCCCUCGCUGUUGGGGUAAGAUGACACAUAAUUAGCCAAGUCACAGAGCCUGGAUGGGGUUCUGGGGAUUGAAUACAGGGUCGGUUGAUGGGGUGACCUUCAUUUUGUUGAGUGACCUUCAUGUUGCUUUUGCAUUGGUGAGAGUUGAAGAUGAAGCAAUUGUUUCUGAUACAUCAUUAACUUCGCCAUGGUAACCUUGUGUUGCCGGGUGUAUCAUGUGGAGAUGAUAAUAUCUGAUAAAUCUUGUUAAUAUUAAUGUCUUGCAUAUCUUACCCGAUAUUGAACAAAAACAGUUACUGGAGGUACACUGGGAAUGUCUUAAUAUCUGUCAUGCUAAUAAUGACGUACUGUGUACAAUAAACCUGUUUCACAGCA